UCGAAGGUAAUUCCAGUGAAACCCAAUCAGUACUGCAUGACAUACCGGCGACAUAAUGGCUAGUCGCUGGGUGUCACUUUUCUUGGGUAUCGCCCUAGCCCAGGGCAUAUUCACAGCUAGUCCCAUCCCGCUAGAAGAUGGCGAAUGGGACUCUGUCGCAAUACCGCUGAACGAUCCCGCUUACCGUCUGCCCACGACCACUCUCCCACGGCACUAUGAAGUCACACUCACACCCUACUUCGAGACCGUCCCGACGGGUGUUGAACCAUUCACGUUUGACGGUGAAGUCACAAUUUACAUUAGCGUACAUGCCAACUUUGUGAACCAAAUCGUGCUUCACUGCAAUGACAUGACCAUUCAGGAUCUGACAGUGUCGUAUACGUUAAAUGGAGUAGUUUAUGAUAUUACUGCCCCUAAUCAAGAUUUCACAUGCGUUGCACCAUACAGUUUCCUGUACAUACAAACUUCGACGUCCAUGUGGACGAGUCUAGAAUAUGUUAUCUCUGCUACGUUUAGAGGAAACAUUAAUGACAAUAUGAGAGGAUUCUACAGAAGUUGGUAUAUCGACUCUACUGGUAAUAAAAGAUGGAUGGGAACGACCCAGUUUCAGCCUGGCCAUGCCCGCCAGGUAUUCCCGUGCUACGAUGAACCUGGCUUCAAGGCCACCUUCGACAUCACCAUAAAUAGAGAAGCAGACUAUAGUCCAACCAUCGGAAAUAUGCCAAUUCGGUCUACUACUACUUUGGAAAGUGGAAGGAUCUCUGAAUCAUUUUACACUACGCCAGUUACUUCGACUUAUUUACUCGCAUUCAUCGUCUCCCAUUACGUACAAGUUGAAAAUAAUAACGACAGCGAAAGGCCUUUCGCCCUCUAUGCUCGCGACAAUGUAUUGACUACCGGUGCAUGGGCUCAGGAAAUUGGAAUACAACUUUUGGAAAGGAUGGAAAUAUAUACUGACAUUCCUUAUUAUACAAUGGACGAAAACAUUGACAUGAAACAAGCCGCGAUUCCUGAUUUUUCUGCUGGCGCUAUGGAAAAUUGGGGACUUUUGACUUACAGGGAAGCCUUAGUCCUCUACGAUCCCCUGAACUCCAACCAUUUCUACAAACAGCGAGUGAUGAAUAUCGUCGCUCAUGAGAUCACCCACAUGUGGCUCGGAAACCUCGUUACUUGUGCCUGGUGGGACGUGUUGUGGCUUAACGAGGGAUUCGCCAGAUUCUAUACAUACUUCUUAGCUAACUUGGUGAGACCCGAUCUUGGAUUUGAGACCCGUUUCAUCAUUGAGCAAGUGCAUACUUCUAUGAUCUCUGACUCGAUCGAUAGCGCACAUCCCCUGACUGACCCUAGUGUGAACGAUCCCGCCAGUGUCAGUGCCCAUUUCUCUGCUAUUACAUACGCUAGAGGAGCGUCUGUGAUUAGAAUGACGGAGCACUUCCUUGGAAACGCUACGUUUGUUAAAGGAAUGCAAAACUAUCUUAAAGAGAGAGCUUUCGAUGUAGUAGAGCCAGUCCAUCUUUUUACUGCAUUGGAUGAAGCAGCGGCAGAAGAUGGUUCAUUGUCUAAUUACAAUGGCGUUACCAUUGAUGAGUACUUCAAAACUUGGUCAGAGCAGGCAGGACAUCCUCUACUGACUGUCACUGUCAACCAGAGAACUGGCGACAUGAUUGUUACUCAGCACCGUUGGCAGCGUAACACUGGCGUUUCCACAAUUCCCAGUCUAUAUAUUGUGCCAAUCACAUGGACUCGAGCCGGGGAAUCUGAUUUCGAAGACCUCAAACCAUCUCAGGUCCUAACUGCUCAAUCCACGGUGAUCAACAGAGGAACCACUGGGAAUGAAUGGGUCAUCUUUAACAAACAGGAAACUGGUUUCUAUAGAGUAAACUACGAUACCACUAAUUGGGCUCUUAUCACUCUGGCAUUGAGGAGUAACCAGAGAACUGAUAUUCACGAACGUAACAGAGCACAGAUUGUCGACGAUGUCUUCCAACUCGCCAGGGCCGGUGUGCUCCGCUACGAAAGGGCCUUCAACAUCCUCUCAUUCCUGGAGUUCGAAGAUCAAUAUGCCCCUUGGCUUGCGGCUAUUACUAGCUUCAACUGGGUCAUUAGGAGGUUAGCUCUUGACGAGGAAAACCUUGCCAAGCUGAGAGAGCAAAUUAUCGGACUCAGUGUGGCUGCCACAACUCGUCUCGGAUGGGCCGAAAUCGAGGAUGAGGACUACAUGGACGGCCUCAUGAGGAUGUACCUCGGCACCUUUCUUUGCAACAACGGGCAUGUCGGGUGCUCUGCCGCCGCCGUCACCAACUUUAAUAACUGGCUAAACGGUGGAUACGUACCUCCCAACAUGCGUCCAUGGGUCUUCUGCGAAGGUCUCCGCAGUGGAACCGGUGCUGACUUCGACAUCUUCUGGGACAGAUACCUAGCCAACGACUUGUCCAACGACAAGAUUGUCAUGCUGGAAACCGCUGGCUGCACCUCGGACGAAGCCAGCUUGCAGAAAUACCUUUCGGCUAUUGUCGCUAUGGAUGACUCGGUCCGACCUCAGGACUACACUACCGCUCUGAACGCUGCUGUUACCGGCAAUGAGGCUAACACUAUGAGGGCUUUCACGUGGUUGACAAGCAAUGUGGAUCAGGUCACCGCUGCAUUUGGCAGCAUUGCUACACCGCUUAGCUACAUUACUGCCCGUCUUCUGAACGAGGAACAAAUUGCUGAGGUUCAAACUUGGCUGGACGCCCAGCGGGAGGUUAUCGGCGAUAGCGCUUACAACACCGGCAUCAACGGCAUCGCUUCCGCCAGGACCUUCCACGCUUGGUCCAAUUCCAGAAUUGAAGAGCUCGCAACUUUCUUCGAAACCGGUUAUCUCGAAGACGACAUCGAUGAUAUCGUUGAUCCUGAACCAGAACCAGAACCAGAAACGGAACCAGAAACUCCGGAAACAGAAGAAGGCGAACCGGAUUCCGCUAAUAUUGUUGCGUUGGGCGCUGUUACGCUCAUUGCGACUUUGACUAUCAAUAUGGUUGCGUAACUUUGUAUUGAUUGUAUA